AUGGCGUCUGUACAGAGGAGUAACCCGACGUGCGACCAGCGCCCGGGCAUCCCUCUAUCCGACCUCUUCCAUCUCUCGGCACUCUCCUCUUUCGCCGUCAAUAGCCCGGGCAUUCCACGCGUCAAGGCCACUCCUCGCAAUCAAGCCAGCAUUGUCGAAUGCGAAAUCAUCCAAUGGUUCGUCGAGCCAGGGGCGCGCGUUGAGGAGUUCUCGCCGCUAUGCGAGGUCCAGAGCGACAAGGCUUCGGUUGAGAUCACCAGCCGUUUUGCGGGCGUUGUCAAGAAGCUACAUUACGAUGCUGGCGAGAUGGCCAAGGUGGGCAAGCCGUUUGUGGACAUCGACAUCGAGGGGGAUGUCAAGGCGGAAGACAUCGGGGCAGCAGUGCCCCCAGAGGAUCCCCGGAAAGAGGCUGAAGUGAAACCCGCACAGGCACCAGUUCGCUCUGCAGCCGAGGAGACGGCAGCAGCCCAGGUGGCCGUGUUGGCGGGGCAGGAAACGCAGGGUACACCCAAGGUCAAGGGGAAACAUGCCACUCUUGCGACACCUGCGGCGAUGACGCGAUCCCUCAGCAUCCCGCACUUCCUCUACGCCGACGAAGUCGACUUCACCUCACUCGUCGAACUCCGCGGGCGCCUCAACCGAGUCCUCGCCAAGUCCGGCCUGAGCGACAGCCAAGUCGGCAAGCUCUCCUACCUCCCCUUCAUCAUCAAAGCCGUCUCCAUGUCGCUCUACAAAUACCCGACGCUCAACGCGCGCGUGGACGCCGACAGCGCCAGCGGCAAGCCCAGCCUGGUGCUGCGCAGCCAGCACAACAUCGGCGUGGCCAUGGACACGCCUUCGGGCUUGCUGGUGCCCGUGGUGAAGAACGUGGGCGCGCUCAACAUCCUGGGCAUCGCGGCGGAGCUGGCCCGGCUGCAGGCGCUGGCGGUGGCCGGCCGCCUCGCGCCCCAGGACAUGGCCGGCGGCACCAUCACCGUCAGCAACAUCGGCAGCAUCGGCGGCACCUACCUGUCGCCCGUCGUCGUCGAGCGCGAGGUCGCCAUCCUCGGCGUCGGCCGCAUGCGCACCGUCCCGGCGUUUUCGACGGUGCCUGGUGAGGAGGACCGUGUCGUGAAGCGGCAGGUGUGCAAUUUCAGCUGGAGCGCGGAUCACCGUGUUGUUGAUGGGGCGACGAUGGCGAGGGCCGCCGAGGUCGUGCGGGCUAUUGUCGAGGAGCCGGAUGUCAUGGUCAUGCACCUGCGGUAG